AUCUAGUCCUUCUUCAACCUUCCUUACCUCGUAAACACAGUAAAAAGAAGAAAAAAGAGAGGAAAAAAUAACCCGCGCAAGUGAGAGUUGAGAGUCGGAAUAGAUGGGUCGGCUCCCGAGUAGUGGUGGCCCUGCCUUCCGUUUUACCCAAACUGAGGUUGCGGAGAUGGAGACUGUUCUUCAAGAGCACCAUAAUCAAAUGCCUGCUCGGGAGAUCCUUGUAAGUCUUUCCGACAAGUUCAGUGAAUCAGCAGAACGGAAAGGGAGGAUUGUUGUUCAAUUUAAGCAAAUAUGGAAUUGGUUCCAAAAUAGGCGCUAUGCGAUUAGGGCAAAAUCAAGUAAGGUUACUGGGAAGUUGAGUGUUUCAUCUAUGCCUCGAGAUGAUUUAAAUCCUUUGAGGAAUGUGCCUCAAUCUGUUUCUGCUCCCUUGCCUCCCCCUAUGACUGCUCCAAUGUAUGCUGCUAUGCCUGCUACUACAGUUCCUGGUGCAGCAAGGCAUAUGUCAGAAUCUUACAUGGAGUUUGAAGCUAAAUCUUUAAGGGAUGGUGCAUGGUACGAUGUUUCAAUCUUUUUGGCCCAUAGAUAUUUGGAAACAGGUGAUCUGGAAGUACAGGUUCGGUUUGCUGGUUUUGGACCUGAGGAGGAUGAAUGGGUUAAUGUUUGCAAGCAUAUCAGGCAACGGUCCCUCCCAUGUGAAGCAUCCGAGUGUGUUGCAGUUCUUCCGGGGGACCUUAUACUUUGUUUCCAGGAAGGUAAAGAUCAGGCCCUUUACUUUGAUGCCCAUGUCCUUGACGCUCAAAGGCGGAGGCAUGAUGUAAGAGGUUGUCGUUGUAGAUUUUUAGUGCGAUACGAUCAUGAUCAGUCUGAGGAAAUUGUACCUCUGAGGAAGGUUUGUCGCCGGCCCGAAACGGAUUACAGGCUGCAGCAACUGCAUGCCUUGACUAACACAGAUCAGCAGAAAACUAGCACAGAUCCUUCAACAGUCACCGCACCAACUGAUACAAUGCAGAAGCAGCAAAAUCCCGAUGUAUCGAGGACAGCUCCAGUAGGUGUUUCACAUACUAAUAUUUCUUCAGUAGUUGCACAAACUGGUAAUCCCGAAUCAAAAAAUGCUGCAUUCACCACUACCAUUGCUACCAGUGGCCCUUCUCCAAACAUGCAGGGAGGAAAGUAGUAGGUUCAGAGACUGAUUUACAAUGGGGCUAAGCCCCCACUGAAAUUCUAACCUUCGUGUUUUCUGUUUGCGGAUAUUAUCAUGUAAUUACUACAAAGUUCAUGAAAUUUUUAAUUUGGUCCUCGAAAUUUGUGUGU